CCAACUUGAAUGUAACAAACUUUCGAAUUCUAACCUUGCUUCACUAGGCUUCUUCAACUAUAAAAGCAAUCAAAUUUCACCCUUCUAAGAAUCAAAAACCAGAAAGCAACACAAAAGCAAAGCAAUGGAUGCAAGCAGGGCCUCACCAGAAAUUCCCGAAGAUAUUGUAACCAAUGUACUACUGAAUUUACCAGUCAAGUCUCUCCUGCGUUUCAAGUGUGUAUCCAGGCCAUGGCGCUCUCUGAUUUCCCAAUCCCAGUUCACAAAGAACCACCUCAACCGCGCCACAGGAUCCAACAAUGACAAGCUUGCUAGGUAUGGAUAUCUUGAUUUUAAGUCCCACCCGUCUCGUGAAUCUGUCAAUUUCUGUUCUUGUGAAGUCCUCUCCAAUGUUGGUAGAGUCACAAAGUUUGAGUACCCUUUUGGUAGUUAUUUCCUUAAUGCCGAAAUCUUGGGUUCUUGCAAUGGCCUUUUGCUCAUUGGCAAAUCCAGUGAGACCUUAUAUCUGUGGAAUCCAUCAACCAGAGAGUAUAAAAAGUUCUCUAUCCCUUACUCAGAUGGCGCUCGUCAUUUUCUCUGGGGACUUGGUUUUGAUUCCUCUAGUGAUGAUUACAAGGUGGUAAGAGUGGUUAGGUGCAAAUCACAGGCCCCCAUUGCGAAAUUCUAUUCUGUCAAAAGCAAUUCUUGGUCUGAUUACAGAGACUUCCCUUACAGGACUUUCCACAACCAGGUGGGGAUCAUUCUGAAUAAGUCUCUGCAUUGGAUUGUAAAUCAUGCAAAACCCAUAAAUCAGAACUCUGCCAUGAAGGUGAUUGUUUGUUUCGAUCCAACCAUGGAGCAAUUCGACGAGAUACAGUUGCCUUACUGGGCGGUCAAAUAUUCAAAAAUUGAGUUGGGUUUGUUGGGAGGAAGCCUCUGUAUCUCUCAUAUUCACGAUAACUGUUGUGUCUCACUUUGGACAAUGAAACAAUGUACAGUGAAUGAAUGUUGGACGAAGCUGUUUACAAUACCUUUUCCGUUGGGCUAUGUGAAGCCAUUAGCUUAUAGAGAGAAUGGUGAGGUGGUAAUGGAGGUGAAUCGGAAUAGAUUAGUAACCUAUAAGCCAGUAGAUGGUAAGUUUACAAGAGUUCUGCAAUGCGACAACAAUGGCGGAUUCAAAGUGGUACCUCUUGGUGACAAUGAUGGUUUGGUGCAACAACAAGCACAGGGGAAGAGAAAAGGAGAGGAGAAGAGAUUGGUUAGCUGUUAG